AUGGAUCCCCGGCCCAACCGCGGGUGCACGGGCAACCUCAAGUAUCUUAUUUGCGUCGCAACAUUUGCACCUUCUCUUCCCGGUCGACCUAUCCCUGCUUCCCCGAAUCAGUCUGCCUUGUGCGGUGCUGGUCCCAUGCACAUGACAUGGCAGGACUCCAAGCCAGGCUCUAAGCUUUGGCCAUCCGCCCUGCGUGAUCUGGGCGCCCUGGUCUCACGAUUUACUCCGGACGUCCAGUCGUCAGUCCCCCACGGCGAUCGGGGCCAGGCGUUGGCGAUCCCUUGCUCCCGGAGUCGGAAUUCAAUCAGAGCACGGCCGGGGCAUACGCUACCCGAUCAAGGAAAGGAAGACAUCCCGCUGUCACCGGCGGCCCUUGACGAUAGGGUCGCCUGCAAGUGA